AUGCUUAAAAAGGUAUGGAUAUGAUACGCUAACCAAGUAGACAUACGCCCACUUACAAUGCAGUAAAUCCCAUAUAGAGUUUUCGGUGGAUGUUUGAUUGCUGGAAUCGGCGAUUAUAUUUCUCAGGCAUACCUUGAAGGGCCAAAUCAACGGUAUAAUAAAAGAAGAGCCUUUACAGUCACUUCUUAUGGAGGGCUUGAAAUUGCUGUCGAAGCUAUACUUUGAUACCCAUUCCUUGAUCGCUUUUUGGGAUCUCAUCAGGCUGUUAUUACGUCAUUUUGAAAAGCCAUGAUUGACCAGACGCUCUAUCAGCCUAUAGAAAUCACAGCUUUUAUGAGAUACACGUGAAUAUUAGAAAACAGAAAAGACAGUCUCAAGGAAAAAUUUGAAAGGGAUUAUGAAUUAGCAAUGCUGGCAAAUUUCUUUUAUUGGGUUCCUAUGUCAUUUAUGCUAUUCCUAGUAGUCCCGCUUAAGUUCAGAGCAGUUGCUACAUCGUUUACUUGUCUAGUAAUGGAUACCUUUAUGAGUUUUGCUGCACACAACAAUUUAAAAGAAGCUUAUACGAAUUUAGUGAACCUUUUCAAAGAAAAACUGGAUGAUUUAGAUAUCGAUGAUUGGUGGUAA